AUGCGCUCAUCCAUCUUGUACCAUCUGCUGGCAUUUGGUCUGCCCGUCGCACUCGGUGCCGCUGCCUCGGAAGACUCAAAGUCAAAGAAGGAGAACCACGUACCCUGCACCAUCCGCUCACCAACAUCUGGCGCCUUCUUCGACCUCAAUCCCAUACACGUCAUUUUGCCCGACGACCCCAAGAAAGCGAGUAAAGAUGCUCGAAAUGAGUCUUGGUCUGCUCGUGGCUACGACUAUGGCGCUAACUUCACUCUCAACUUCUGCGGGCCAGUAGUUGAGAAUCUCACCAAUGUCGUCGGCGUCGAUGAGGCGAGGUGGCAGAAUAGUUCCGAACCCAUCUUCCGUGGACGCAAACUCGUCUUGAAUUAUACCGAUGGGUCGCCAUGCCCAGACAAUCCUGUAUCUUCUCUCAGCCCACGUGGAAUUAUCGGCGACGACGACGAUGAUGACGAUGAUAAGAAACACAAGGACAAGGACGACGAAGACGACAAGAAGGGCAGAAAGGGAGGCAGCAAGGAGCCCUCGACCCGCCUGAACCGUCGCAAGAACACAAUCAUCUCUCUGCUCUGCAACACAGACCCUCUGGCACCUCUCAACACCGCCCGCUCCUCGGCAGCCUGUGGAGGCAUCGAGGUAGCCAAACAGCAACUCGGCCCCAGCGGCGUUUUCGGUGUCAUCGCUUUGAUUGCCGUGAUAGUAUACGUUGUUGGAGGUUGUGUAUACCAGCGCACCGUCAUGCACCAGAGGGGCUGGAGGCAAUUGCCAAACUACUCGCUCUGGGCCGGCAUCGCCAGUUUUGUCUCGGGCUACAGCCGGGUAGGCAGCAACUUCAACAACGGCUCCAGCGCCGGAAGACGCGGCCGUUCAAACUCGGACGAUGAAAACAGAUUAAUCGACCAACUGGACGAGGAAUGGGAAGACUAG